GCUCACCAGACAACAGACAGCUCACCAGACAAGACACAGCUCACGAGACAACAGACAGCUCACGAGACAACAGACAGCUUACGAGACAACAGACAUCUCUGCACAGCAUUUAAAGUUGGAACAGAAACACACUUUGACUCUGCUCAUAACGUCUGCAAGAAGCCACAAUGAACAGACAAAAUUCUGGACCAGGACUGGUGACCGGCCCACCUUACACCACAACCACUGAGCUUAUUGCCCUGUGCUGGGGCUUUAAAUCCCUGCAGCUCGAACAUACCAAGCUCAAGGAGGAUUUUAAUCAACUGCAGCAACUCCUGGAAGAUGAAACAAAAGGAAAAAUGGAGGGAUUAAUGGAACUAAAAGAGGUAAAGAAAGAAUUAGAAGUAGAGAGGAAGAAAAAACAGUGUGCAGAGAAUAUAAAUUCAAAACUGCUGGAGGUACAAGAAGCCCUGGAAGAAGCAUUGGAAUAUGUUGAAAAGGAGAGAAAAAUUGACUAUGAAAAUGCAAAAACCAAAGAAGAACUUGUUAGUAAGGAACUUUCAGAGGUGAGCAUUUUAGAAGAGGAGAGAAGAAGACGAGAGCAGGCCGAGGAGGAAAUACAAACUAUAAAAAAUAAACUGUUGGAAAUGCAGCAAAUGUUAAAACCAGAAAAAGAGGCAAAACUAACGGCCCAAAAAGAACUGGAAAAUCUAAAUAAGGACUUGUUGGGAUUCCAAGAAGCACUGGAAGAAAAGAGACAACAACUUCAAGUAGCAAGAACAGAAAUAGAAGACCUGAAACAAGCUUUAUUGGCAACACAACAGGAACUAAUGGACGCGAAACUAGACAUUUUUAUAGAGACAACCCUGGAGGAGACUGAAGACACAGAGAAAGGACAUAAAGCAGCGUUGAAACAGCUGAAACAGCAGCACAAGGAUGCCAAAAAGACUUUAAAAGAGAAAACGAAAGUGGCAAAAAGGAAGCUGAAAGCAAAAGUCCAAGAGGGAGAGCAGAAAAUAAUUAACAGACUUAAAGAGCUAAAGCAGUAACAGAAGAAGAAAAAAACUAACAAGAUGUGAAUUCACCUUCCUCCUUCUCCUCAUCCUUCCCUCCCUCUCCUCCUACCACCCCUUUCUCUUUCUCACUCCUAAUCUCCC